UCGACGGAUCACCCCGGGGAGGAAUUUGGGGUGCGGGACACCUGGGUCCCUAAGGUGGCUGGGCGGGGGUGCAGAAUGGAGGUGUGCAAAGAGGAGUGAGUUACCUGAAGGGGUGUGGCCUGAAUGGGGGGAGGCGGGCCUCCAGGUGCAGGAAGCAGCGGCGGACACCUGGGCAGGGAGCGAGCCGGGCUUCGGGAGAGAAGAUCCGACCCCCAUCCAGCCCUCCAGAAAUGACCUCUCUCCCGUCUUCAUCCCCGCCCACCAUCCCGGUCCUUCUCAUUGUCUUUAUUGCCUCCACCCUCUUCCACCUCCAUGCCCGCCUUACCCAGAUGCCUGGGCCCCUGCCUGCAAAGUUAAGUGCCCUGGAGGCCCACCCCACGAUACCCCAAAGCGCUCCUGAGGCCCGCCCCAUCAGCACCGUGACUCACCGUGACCCUGGUGUCUGGACAGUCAAUACAAUUGGCCGCCUGGGGAACCAGAUGGGAGAGUACGCCACGCUGUACGCCCUGGCAAAGAUGAAUGGCCGGGCGGCCUACAUCUCCCCCGAGAUGCACAGGACCCUGUCCCGGAUCUUCCGGAUCACCCUGCCCAUCCUCUCUGCCACCGAGACCCGCCGCAUCCGGUGGCGGAACGUCCCCCUGCACGACUGGAUGUCGGACGACUACCGGACCAUCUCUAGUCCCUUCGUCCGGCUCACCGGCUACCCAUGCUCCUGGACCUUCUACCAUCACCUGCGGGCUGAGAUCGCCCGGGAAUUUUCCCUCCAUGACCACGUCCGGGAGGAAGCCCAAACGUUCCUGCGGCGUGCGGGGCGGGAGCGGGCAGGAGGAGGGCGGAACCUCACUUUCAUCGGCGUCCACGUCCGCCGCGGGGACUACGUGCGCGUGAUGCCGCAGGUGUGGAAGGGCGUGGUGGCGGAUCGGGGCUACCUAGAGAAGGCACUGGGCUACUUCCGCGACCGCUACCCCAACCCGGUGUUCAUAGUGACUAGCAAUGGCAUGGCCUGGUGCCGGGAGAACAUUAACGUGUCACGGGGGGACGUGGUCUUUGCGGGAGACGGGGCCGAGGGCUCCCCGGGCCGGGACUUUGCGCUGUUGACGCAGUGCAACCACACAGUCAUGACCAUCGGGACCUUUGGGAUCUGGGCUGGCUACCUGGCCGGUGGGGAGACCGUGUAUCUGGCAAAUUACACCCUUCCGGACUCCCCUUUCCUCAAGAUUUUCAAGCCUGAAGCAGCAUUCCUGCCCGAGUGGGUGGGGAUUCCUGCCGACCUGUCACCCCUGCUGCAUGGGUGACAGUGGGGGGUGACCAAGGACUCCGUCACCCACCUCUCCCUCCCUCAUCCCCACCCGGGGCAGCAGGGACCUGAAUGCAACCUGACAAUAAAGUAGC